AUGGCGAGGAUCAAACAGGGCGUUUUCUCCUGGGAGGAUGUGCUGGCCCAGCGAUAUCAAAGCAACAAGCCAGCAGCCCUACCCAGGUCGAGAAGGCACAGUGUCCUCUCCGGACGAAGCCAGUCGCAGAAGCAGACGGACACACGGUUGGAAUGGACAUUCCAGCCCGACUGCUCGCUAUUGAAGAAACUCGCGCCCGAGCUGCGCCUUCUGAUCUGGGAGAUGGUCUUGGGUGGGAUGCGUAUACAUAUUAUCCAGCGGCCGAACCGCCGGAUGGGUCACAUCGUAUGUUCGCUUGCAGAGACAUGCGAUAUCUGCCGCGGUAAUGUGCCGCAGCUGGUCAAAGACGGAGCAGCCACCCGAAAGACUCAACUGCUGUCUCUCGCGUUGACCUGUAAACUGAUCUAUUGCGAAUCCAUCCACCUGUUGUACUCGCUCAACAUCUUUGAGUUCAGUAAUACCUGGUCCUUAACAUAUCUCCGUCCAACCAUCCCCGCCGACUUCUGGGACUGUAUUCGUGCAGUAGAACUGCGCUGGGCGUUUCCAGGCCACUGGCUCCCCAGUAAAGACCCGGUCAAGACGGUCUAUUUCUCCGCUGGACGCCAGCAGUGGGUCGAGACCUGCCGCGCUCUGACGCGGAUGAAGGGCCUGCAGUCGUUCACGCUGCAGCUGAUGGGGAACUGGUUCUGCGAACCGGUGGAGAAGAUCCCUCCAUACUAUAUCAAGGAGAUUCGGAAUAUUGACGGUGAUCUGCGCCAGAGGGGCAUUGACUGUUCCGUUCGAGCAGCGUGA